AUGAAUUUUUUCGCGAUCGUUUCAUUUUGGGCUUCAAUGGUCUCCAACGUCAGCAGUUGCCAGUUUCCUCUUCCGAUGGCUCAAAGAAGAUUGAUUUGUCGUCAGUGUGGUUUGACCACUUCUUCCUCGCCAGUUCAAAAAAGGGUCAUCUACCAAGAAGCUUGCUACUCUUUCAAACGCGGUGGAUGCUGCUCCCAUGGAAUCUUUUAA